GGCGUGAGGGGAGGGUAGAGCUCUCAAGUGCCGCAGUCACUAUCAGCCUGGCACUCUUUCACCGGACUCCGCUCCACGCGCUGUUGGAAAGGCUAAAUCGCCCGGGGAUCUCGCUUACUCUUUCAGAAUUCGAGUGGAAAGGAGUUUUAGCCUCGUGGCCUGUCUCCAUGAUGCAGGGAGAUCGGUUCUCCGUCCUCGGGGUCAUGCUGGCGGCCGCGGUUCUUGUGUCCAGUGCCAGGACCCCCCUCCGACAGCAGGCCGAGAUUCUGACGGAGGCGCUGGGGGGCCGGGUGCUCCCUGGGACAGCUGAGGACAGGAGCAGGCUGAAAUUGGUGGAUCAGGAAGUUCAGGCCACGGAGCCGACGUUUCAGGGGUCAUCAGACUCAACAGUAUCAUCGUCUGCAGUGCCUGCAACAUCAUCACAACUGCCGUCGACCUCAUCACCAGCGCCAUCAACGUCGACGUCCCCAUCAUCUACAUCAGAAGCUCCUGCAACUUCUACACCUUCUCCAUCUUCACCUCCAACAUCAGCAGUGCCGACACCAUUACCCACUCCAGCUCCGCCAAUCUUCCCCGAGGUUACUGUGGAAGGCCUGGGCACUGCGCGGGGAAGGGUCAUGACCUCGUAUCUCGGCCGGCCCUUCUAUGCUUUCAUGAGCCUGCCCUACGCUGAGCCCCCGCUUGGCGAGCUCAGGUUUAAGAACCCCAAACCGUGGACAGGUCCCUGGAUUGCAACGCUGGACGAUUCUUACGACGCCACAUACUUGCGAUCUCGAUGUCCGCAGAUCUCGCUCAUUCUCGACGUCACAGCCGGUCGGGAGGACUGUUUACACCUAAGCAUCUACACCCCGAGUAUGCCCGACAGCCGCGACACUACCCAGCUUCCAGUCAUGGUAUGGAUUCACGGGGGGGCGUACAUGACCGGGGAUGCCAACCUGUACGUGCCGACGAAGCUCAUGGACCGUGAUGUGAUCGUGGUAGUUGUGCAGUACCGUCUAGGAUCUCUUGGCUUCUUCGCCGGUGAAAUUCCCGAACCCUCCAGUAACAUGGGCUGUUGGACCAAAAUAAUGGCCAUUGCGCUGGUACAAGACCACAUAACGGCAUUUGGCGGAGACCGAGAUUCUGUCACAGUUUUCGGACAAAGUGCCGGAGGAGCCAGUGUUUCGUGGAUGCAAAUAACACCCCUCACGAACAGAAACCGUCCCGAAAACAACAACCGGCAACUCGCCCACAAAGUGUUGCCGAGGAGUGGGUCGGCUUUUGAGGAAUGGACGCUCGAUCCUGACCCGGAACCCGUUUUUGGCGACCGCUGAGAUCCUGCAUUGCGCGAGGUAAAGGGAAACAAGGUUAAGGCGGUCGAGUGCAUGGGGGGGAAAAAGACGACGGACGAGGUCAAUCGCGCGUCACUUAAGAUAUAUGUGAGUGGUUUGGGGUUUCAGGCCGGGUGUCCCGGGGUUCAGGAUACCCUAGCGGACGAGAACCAUCCUGGCCUCGAGCUGGUAAUCCCCAAGAGUCCUGUGGAGAUUGUGGCCGCCAGCGAGUUCCUUCAGGUCCCUGUGAUGACAGGGAGUGUGGGGGAUGAAGGGUCGCUGGUGGGUAGGGCAUUCACAUCAAUACUCCAAGCAUAUAACAUAAAGCUGCACAACUGCGAUGAACGUUACGAUGAAGCCGAUAACCCAAAUUGGGACCAGAACUGGUGUUCCCUUAUCUUUGAACUCCCAGACCAAAUGAAACGUCGUUGCCGCAAAGCAGCCGGAAAUAAAAGGGACGAGGGUGAAAUGGUAUCCGUUUCUUCCAGAGUGGCACCAGAAUCUUCUUUCUCAGAGAGGGAGGAGGAAGCUUCUUCACCGGGAUUAUGGACUGGUUCCAAAGUUCAACAGAGCUUUAUUCCAAAAGUUGAACAGGCUUUAUUCCGCAAGGGGAACCAGAGCGUCAUCAAGAGGAGCAAAAGCGAGUCCUUGGCAAGGACAGUUCCGGACUGUUAUUUUGACAAUAUAGCAGUCCACAGUAAUACCUGGUCUGAUCACUUGCAAACUCUCGAACGUUUAUUUGAAAGACUGCUUAAGUACGGUUUAACAGCAGGCCCUAGUAAAUGUUUCUUUGGAUACGAUAAGAUUAAAUAUCUUGGUUUUCAUCUAGGAAAUAAUUGCUUGACCCCUCUUGACGCCAAAAAAUUCCGUAGCAAUAAACUUGACUGGAGUGAAGAGCAAAUCUCAAGGAUUAAUACUCUUAAACACAAGCUAGCUAGUGCGCCUAUUCUAGUUCUACCUAAUUUUGAUAAGACCUUUUACGUAAGAACGGAUGCAUCUGACACUGGGUUAGGCGCGAUUCUGCUACAGAAAUCUGAAGGCUUAUUAAUGCCAGUUGCAUAUGCCAGCCGAGCUCUUGCAGACCGCGAGAAAAGAUACGUUGUUAUUGAGCGUGAGUGUUUAAGCAUCGUCUGGGCAAUUAACAAAUUCAAAUACUAUCUGUACGGACGUGAAUUUGUGCCCCAAACAGACCAACAGCCACUUGUAUAUCUGCGUAACAUGAAAAAUGGUAAUGGUCGACUCAUGCAUUGGUCUUUAGCGCUGCAGUCAUUCUCAUUUGAUAUCGAAUAUAUCAAAGGCAGUGAUAAUGUGGGAGCAGAUAUACUUAGUCGUUGUUCCUUGGAAGAGAGUGAAACCCCACCUUCCCCUUAA